AUGGGUGAAACACACAGAGGAACUAGAGCGAAUUUGGCGACCUAUGCUGUUGAUCGAUUCCGUACACGUUCUCACGCUUAUGUUGAACCCGACGAGAGGAUUAUUCCGAAUCUCCAAGCAUGUGGCUUCGGACAUAUCAUAAAAGUUAACAACAACACCAUAGACAGAAAAUUCAUCCUUGCCUUGCAAGAGCGAUGGAGGCCUGAAACCCACACGUUUCAUCUUCCAAUAGGUGAGUGUACUAUUACUCUAGAGGAUGUUUAUAUGUUACUUGGUCUGCCCAUUGAUGGCAAGGCUGUUAAUGGAUCUGUUCAACAUGCUAAUUCAAUGUGUGAGAGAGUGUUGGGAAGAGAUCUAGUUGUGCCUACUCAAGGUUCAAGAGGCCAGGGUAUCAGUCUGGUCUCCCUUAGAGAUUACUAUGAUGAACUCGUCAUGAUGGACAACUUUACUGAGGAGCAUGUUUGGUUAAUGACUAAGGUUUAUAUAAUGUUGAUGUUUGGUAAACUUUUAUUCCCGGAGUCGACAGGUAACACUGUCAACUUUUUCUAUUUAAGUAAAUUUGACAGUAUUAGCAAGAUUAGGAAAUAUAGUUGGGGGUCCGCCGUUUUGGCGAUGUUAUACCAGUCUCUUUGUAAGAACGCGGUUGCCGAGAAGUGCACCUUCUAUGGAUGUGCGUUCCUCCUACAAGUAUGGGGUUGGUGGAGAAUGCCGACGCUGUCCCCGGUAGGCAGGAACAACUACACGUUCCCUUAUGCAACAAGGUUCUGUGGUCCUAAAUUGGAUUACAGUAAGAAUCCGAGGGGGAGUGUUGUUUUAUAUCGGGACCUAAUUGAUCACCUCCGAGCUGAAGAUGUAUUAUCCCUAAACUUUUAUAUGAUCAUAUAG